UGGCCCUUUCCAUGAUCGUGCUCAAUGUCCGAGGCCUCCAUUCCUCGAUCCGGUGGUUUCGUGGAGGACCACUUCCAAGAUGCCAACUGCUUGGCACAAGCGAGCCAUUGCUUCAGCGAGGUCUACCUGGCACAUCCUGCUGAAGUCUUCUCGGGAAGCAAGGUCUUACUGCAUGUCUACGAGCUCGUGGAGUUCGUCCGGAUGAACAAGAUUCUCGCGUCAGAACUACUGCCCGUCGGUGGAGCGCUUCACGCUGGGGUAGAGGUCUAUGGAAGAGAAUGGAGUUACGGAGGUUCGUCAGGUAGUCGGAAGACAGGAAUCGUUUGCGAAGUUCCACGCACAAACCAAAAGCAUAGGUACCGGGAGUCUAUUUCUCUGGGCUUCACACGCCUCAGCAAGGCAGAGGUAGCACUGGUGCUUGGAGAUCUUGUGGAACUUUGGCUUGCAGAGGACUAUCAUUGGCUGAACAACAACUGCUUGUCGUUCGCUAACGACUUCUGCCGCAAGUUAGGUGUUGGUGGAAUUCCAGCAUGGGUCGACCGACUGCCGCGAGGAGUCUCGGCGGUGAACCAGGGAAUGCAGAGCCUGGCCGAGACCAUGCGGCAUCUGGCGGAUGGCACUCUGGAAGUGGUUCACGCCAUUGUUGGAGCUGGAGGACAACUAGACUGUGCUCGCUGUCGUCCAGCUCCAUCGUUUGUUUCGUCGUUUGGAACGCAGAGUGUUGCUGGAAGCUUUGUCUUAACGCCUGCUUACGGAGCAAGCUUCAUGCCACUGGGGCAAGGAAGUAGCCGAGAAAUGGCCUCAGUCUCAUUGCGUGAAGACGCUGUUCGGAUCCAGCCUAGGCAUGUUCCGCAGCAUCCAGUGCUUUCCCGCGUGGAAGAGGAUAAUGAAUGGAGCUGACACAACCCAGCUUCAUCGCUUGCGAGCACAAAGGAAUGCUUGCAUUAUCUUGUAUAUUCUUGUAUUAUAUUUGAUUUUUUAGCCAUGUCUGCAUCGACGGAUGCAUGAAGACCAUUGCAUGCUGUACUUGAUCCGUUGAUGCUCCUGAGCUUUGGCAAGCUUGCCACAGCUCAAUUGUAACGGAUGGAGUACUUUGCCGGCGAUUUAUAGGUCCGUUAAUUCAAUGCUUAAUCAAAGCUUCGCGCUCUGUCACAGACUCGACGGAAGUCGAUCAAACAUGUUGAGAAAA